AUGGAGUUGAUUGAUAAAGUCAUUUCCAGCGCAAUUCUGCUAGUUUUCAACAAAUGCAGGGAUGCCGCCACCGAAAAACUCAAGAAAGGUGGUCUGACGAAACAGACAAUUGGUAAAGUAGUCGAACGCGAAAUCCAUGAAAUCAAAUCAACUUUGCAAGGAAUAGCAAGUAAUGAUCUUAUGUCAUCUAUAGAUGCUUUUGAGGUAGGCUUCCAAUACUUAUGCGAAGUAAUCGAUGCGAAAAAGAACGGAGACAAACAGAAAGAGUUAUCGCCGGUGACAGAAACAGAUGAUGCCGAGAUUGCAGACAGCGUCGAUAUUUGUUCAUUGAACGUGCUUGCCAAUGGCGCUUACUCCUCAGAUGCAGUGUCUCUCGCCGAGUCGAUCAAAAAUAUUAGCUUAAGCGAAGUGGAUGGAAGAGCUAAGAGAGCGUUAUCUAAUGCUAGAGACUGGUUCAAGACGGCUCGCGAAGAAGCAAGAAAGGCUUCAACUAAUCAAGCUUUAGACGCUAAAGAUUGCCUCAAAGCUUUUCGAUACCGCGUGAUGGCGACACUAUUUGAGGCCGUCUUGAAGGAUUCAGGCGAACCCGCCGAUGCUUUACCAGAGUGUAAUCAUUGCCUCGGUAAACUGCACUCGCUUCCAGCAGUUCGUGAUAGCUUCAAAGACGAAAUAACUCGAAGUUUCAGUAAACUCUUGAAUGAAGAACUAAGGAAAGAUAUUAUUUCUACAGUCUGUCUAAUAAAUCGUGUAAUCUAUGACGUCAAGCAUCUUUCCGGUGAAGAUGUUUUCCUCUGGAGCUGGCCUUUCGUUGACAUAGGAGAAGAUAAGAUUGAUCCACUGCGUGACGCAAGAGUGAGUAAAGUGCUUCGUAAACAAGGCAUGGAACACUUUUGCAUUACACCAAGGUCAUUUGGUCAAGAGGGAGAGGAUGAACACAAACUUAAGGCACCUUGGCGCAUCGCUAGCGCCAAGAAUGGUAAUUUUAUUCUUGCAGACAACAGAGAUCGUGACGUGAAAGUGUUUGAUGAUCGUGGCCAGUUUCUGUCCUCCUUCCGUCAUCCAUCAGAUGAUGGCGUGACAGAAGUGAAGAUUUAUGAUGCAGCUACAGACAAGGAAGGCAAUAUUUAUGCUCUUUUCGAAAGGAACCAACCUGGUGAAUCAAAGUAUGGCGUGUGCAUGAAAACCGUUGAUGGGCGGUGUGAAGAGAUUCCCCUUAGAGAACAGUUUAGUCCAGGCAGAUGGGAUCUACCAUGUCUGGCUGUUACUAAUAGCAACCAAGUUCUGGUCUUGGGAAAAUUGCUGCAACAAGAGAAACAAGAAGUGAUUGAUGUAUACAACACAAAACUAACUGAACAUGGUGAAGUCUGGUAUGUGCGCACUAUUGGAGCUGGAAAAUUAAGGAAACCAACGGCUAUUACUGUUGCUAAUAAUGGCAGAGUUUUGGUGCAAGAUGAGUUUAAUGGCUCCCGCUAUAUCCGCGUGUUUAAUGAGGAAGGGGAACAAGAGUUUAAAUUUAAAGUAGAAGGAAGCUUUGCUUUUGCAGACAUUGCAUUCAACCAUACAAAUCAACAAGUCAUUGUUGCUUGUCAAGAAGCAGAGCAGUCCUGUCUACACUUGCUUAUCUUCACAGAUGAUGGCUUGAAUAUUGUACGCCGCAUCCAGAUUGAGGUAGAAGGGCUUGACCGCUUAAGAGGCAUUACGAUGGCUAACACAGGACGUGUUGGUUUCCUUGUGGGGUUUCUAAGGAAAGAAUCAAACAACCCUGCUAACAAUAGCUUUAUCACACCUGCUGGUGCUUUUAUUGAGACUGAACUUGAUUACAAGGUGCUGGUUAUUUGA